AUGCUGGACGGUGGCUGUGGCAUGCUGGACGGUGGCCACGGAGUGCUGGAUGGUGGCCACGGGGCGCUGGGCAUCAGCCAUGGGAUGACCGACAGUGGCCACGGGGUGCUGGCCGGUGGCCGUGGCAGGGCGGGGGCUGUCGGGGAGGAGCUGCCGGAGUCGGCCUACAAGCACCAGCUGCUGGGGUUGAACCUGCUCUUCUUGCUGUCCCAAAACCGGGUGGCCGAGUUUCACACCGAGCUGGAGCGGCUGCCGGCCAAGGAGAUCCAGAGCAACGUCUACAUCAAACACCCCGUCUCCCUCGAGCAGUAUUUGAUGGAGGGCAGCUACAACAAAGUCUUCCUGGCAAAAGGCAACAUCCCAGCGGAAAGCUACACCUUCUUCAUUGAUAUCCUGCUGGAUACCAUCCGGGACGAGAUCGCCGGCUGCAUCGAGAAAGCUUAUGAGAAAAUCCUUUUUAACGAAGCCACCCGCAUCCUCUUCUUCACCACCGCCAAGAAAAUGACCGACUAUGCCAAGAAGCGCGGUUGGGUGUUGGGUCCCAACAACUACUACAGCUUUAGCAGCCGGCAGCAGAAGCUGGAGGAUGCCACCAUCCCAUCCACCGAACUGGCCAAGCAGGUCAUUGAAUACGCGCGGCAACUGGAAAUGAUCGUUUAAAGCGG